UUACACUUUUUUCCCUUGUCUAUAAAGAAUGAGGGUCUACUGUUUGUGGAUGUCUUUGGGAGUCUGUUGAUGCACCUGUUGACAGAGGAGAAACCCUGAGCGUUUAAGAAUGGACAAAUUUGCAGCGAUGAAGACUGAUGAUGCUCAGUAUUGUGUGGACAACUACAAAAGAGUUGAAGACAGGACUGGGCCGAACUGCGAAGACUCGUCUCAGACGAGUUUAACAGACGGACAGAGCCCAGACCUGCAGCAGGCCGAGAAAAUCUCUGCCAUGAAGUACAGAAGAUGCAGCUCCCCCAGGCCUCGUCUCGGUGGGGUGAAAGCUCGUCACAAAAGGCAGGUACUCCAGGACAUGGCUCGGCCGCUGAAACAUUGGCUGUACAAGCACCGAGACAACCCUUACCCAACAAAAACCGAGAAGGUUCUUCUCGCCCUGGGUUCACACAUGACACUAGUGCAGGUUUCCAACUGGUUUGCAAACGCCCGGCGAAGGCUGAAGAACACGGUGAGGCAGCCAGACCUGAGCUGGGCGCUGAGAAUCAAGCUCUACAAUAAAUACAUCCAGGGAAAUGCUGAGAGGCUGAGUGUGUGCAGUGACGAUACAAACUCAGACGAUGAAGAGUGCACCCUACCGACUCCAAUCGCCCAAUCAAACUUUGGCGGCUCGUCAUACCGCCGAAGCCUACUUGAGAAACAGGCCAGCGUCCUCGCCGGGGCAGACUGCUCCAACGAAGAUGACGGCACGUCUCCUCCAUCCAAGUACAAGAGCAGCUUGCUGAACCGCUACCUGAACGACACCUUGCGACAUAUGAUGGCGGCAAAAGCUGACGCCAUUGCCUCCGCUCGCGGGAAGAGAUGCCUUUCCCAAUCGUUCAGUUCCAACGAAUGCGAUCGAGAUGUUGUCUCGCCAGAUUCUUCUUCAGAAGCAGAGGCCAACUUCAUCUACAGCACGGAUACAACUGACAACACUUCAAUUAAAAGUUGCAGGGGCCAGCUGCGGAGCCGAAACCCACCGAGAAAAGACGGCCAGGGCUGGAGGGAGAUCCACGCCGCCGUGGCUCUCACCAGCCUGGCCCAGGGCAAGAGCUGCAAGGCGGCUCAGUGCGCCGACCCGGCACCCGGCGCCGCCACGGGGGAGAGCCGCACCGCGGAGCCUUUCUCCGUAGCGAAAGCCAGCCUCACGGGCAGGCUGUGUGUGACGGGAGCCGUGUCGGCCCAGAAGCGGAGCGCGGGGACCGCCCUCACCAGCCGCAUCAUCCAGAAAUCGUCUCACAUCUCUGAGGUCCAGACUGUCAAAACCCCCCUGGCAAACACCGGGUAGGCACUGAACGCCGUGUUCCACUCGCCGCCGGCCAAAGUGCCUCGUAGUGUACACAGUGUACAGGCCUAAUGUUUUACACCUUUCUAAUUAUGUUAUAUACUGUAACAUCUAAUUAGCACCCCGAAGAGUGAAUGCAAAUAAUGCCUGCUUGCUUUGCUACGCCCUACGUGACCUUCGUGUUCCAUAACUUAUAAGAACUGUCAAGACACCGGAGAAUCCUCCCGUGAUGA